GGAGGAGUCCCAACCCUUCUAUAGAGCUGCCACUCCCCUGCAUUAGGAUUUCAACUCGCUCACUGGCAGCGCUGUUUCCGACCUGAUUCCAAUCUGCCUGCGAUAUUUUUGCUGUUUACAACGUGGUGGUUUAUUUUUUUGGCCAAAAUAAAACGGUCGUUACGUACCCUUAAACAUCUAAUCGGUUCCUGGUGGUCAUAUUAGUCGGCCUGAUUAGAAGCUGAACUGCACUUUUAUGAUGCGUUAAUCUCGAAUCAGAGGAAGAAGAUGGUGGUUUUAUUCCAAAGGUGAGGGAGACGGAGAGAUUCUGCAGGACGGAGUGAUGAGUUGAUGCAAGCUUUCUGCGAUUUUCACCGCCAUUGAUGUCGGUGUCAUGACUGCGAUGCCAUUUUAAAAUGGACAUGGUGAUUUUUAUAUACAGGCUUCCCGCAUUUUCAAAGCCAUGCCGUGUAAUACACCUGCUCCAUGACCUGCUGCGUUACGGGACCCUUGGGUUCCUCUUCGGGAAUUACAGGAUCUUACUUCAUUGCCGAUGAUCGGCAUAAUCACCUUCUCUUCAGAUAUGGCAAGUGUAAGGGUUGGGAAUUCAAUAUAAUUGGCAUGGCACAGUAAGCCACAUCUUAUGGAGGUCAAAGGGCACUGGAUCACUACCAUGGGUUUAGGUGUACCUGAAUUCCAGGGCUGCCAGAACAGCAAGCUGCAGGCUGAAAGGAUCUCUGACUUGCAGGAGAAGAAGCGGGGCUUGCAGACACUUUUAAGCAGUAGGGAAAAGGAACUACGAGAAGUGUGUCUUUUGGAGGCAGAACUGACAGGUAAACUUCCAUUUGAUUUUCCUCUGAAAGUGGGUGAACAGCCCCCUGUUGUUCAGCGAAGAAUUGGAAAGGCAUUAAAUGCCACUUCAAAAUUGGAGGAUAACCUGGGCCAGCGACAACAGGGGAAAACCGGGUUUAGUUGCACCCUCCGUCAAAGCACUGAGUCAGACAAAAACACUUUACAUAACAAGAGGACUGUUCAUCGUGGAUGUCACACAGAGGAAACAGUUAAAUUAGAGAGCAGUUCCAUGUCAGACUCUACUCACGUCCAAGACAACGAGGACUUGUCUUUUAGUGUGGUUUCUGAGCAUCGCUCAUUUUCUCACCCUCGCCUGGCCUCAUGCAGUCCUGACAGCCACCUGUGUAAGACUCUGUCUCCAGUGGAGAUUUACUACGAGAUGAGGACUUGCUGUGACUCUGCUUCUAACUCUGUCAGGUCUGGUCUGUCGAAUGAUGUAGCACUAAAGCAGUGGGAUGGAAGUCAGGAGAUUGCUCGGAUUGUUCCACUAGCAUCUAUGGAGAGCUUCUCCUCAGAGCGUACAAAUUACACAUACAAUUCUCUUGCCCGCCGUAGCAACAGCUCUGAGGCAUUGCUUGAUCGUUCCAGCCAUUCUCAGUUAGUGGCUCCCCAAAAUUGCAUGCCCCAAAAAACUGGACCAUAUAAGAGCUCAGAGUCCUUGACUGAUGGCAAGCUAAGAUGCAUGUAUCGUGGGAGCCCACAGAGACAGAUGGGUGGAUCUAAAGAACAAAGCUACAUGCAUUCAUCAGUCAAUAAAGGAAACGGAGCAAGCUAUGAUGAGGCACUAAUAGAUUGUAUGAGCAAGUCACAGAAAAGACCAGUUAAGCCCCAGGAACACUUUUCAGUAAAGCAAAUAUGGUCUGACCUUUCUGCUCUUCCCAAAUCUGGAACCUCAACUCAUUGCAAUGUUUUUGCUCAUUCCCAGAUGCAUCUAGCCUCUGCCACACCCUCAUAUAGCCCUAUAUUUGUGAAGAAUUACCAGCCUAAACCACGUCAAGUCAAAGUCACACGAACUAAGUCCUGUGGUCCAUUUACCCCCCUCCAGCAGCAUAGUCUGGACCAUUUACUGGUAUAUGCUUAUGAGCCUACACAUCUUUUAUCUGGCUCCACUGCUUCUUCCUUUCCAAACCUACUACCCCACCAAACAGAGAUGCCCAAUUCCACUGUCAAUUUCAGUAGCAAACCUGGACCUUUCUCCCUGCCUGCCCUGGAUGACUCUACUCGUAGUCUUCACAAAGCUCUGGCAUUGGAGGGACUCCGGGACUGGUAUCUGAGGAAUGCACUGGGUUACCCCACUGCAGCCAGUGGGCAAGAUGGACUUCGUCUGCGCCCCCCACCCCAUCUGGUGCACCUUCCAUGGUCUGCCCCACUGGGACCACUGUAUUCACAUCCACAGAUUCCUCAGUCAUCCUCCUUUCAUGGUCACUCACUGCAUGGAAGGUCUGUGGAGCUCUCUCUUUAUCCAGAGCAAUUUACCUCCAAGGAAACUGCUCAGAAGGGGCCUAGCUCAGAUCCACCUGCCCCUGGAACUCUGGUAUAACUGCCAGAUCACUGUACACUAUAAUCAUUGAUAUCUAAAACCAUAUAUUUGUAUAACAGUUUUCAGAAAACAAGCUCAAGUUGUAAAAGUAGGAUAAAGGUUUUAUAGAGGUAAUUUUGAAAAUCUUUGCCCUACUAUACCUAUUACAUCACGAUUAUAUUUUGUAUAUGAUUUGGACAGCUGUAAUAAGCUCAACUUUCCAUCAUUUUCAGAUAUAUUUUCAGUGUAUAUAAAGAUAUAGAUGUAUGUAAUACAAAUAACUAUUUUGAAACUAAUAUUACAGAAUUAUAAACAGGAGUUCUCUAAAUGAAUGUAUGUAUUUGAAAUGUAUAAUACAACUUUGAAUGUGUAGAAUACAUUUUGGUUUAAUAUCUAAAUGUAGCUAUUAAUAUUGCAAUGUACCAGUCAAUAGAGUGAACCCCAAAAAUGGGCAGAAGGGUUAUUGUGUAAAUGCAUUGGCCGGCAGACAACAAAAAAUAUAUAUAUAUAUAUUUUUUGCUUUCCAUUGUGUUCUGCAAGUUUAAAUGUGAUUAAGUUUUGAUUUUAUUAGUUUAAUUUGGGAUAAGCCUAAUGCUAUUAUACCUAAUUGUAACGUUUUAAUGGCUGCUUAUUUGUUAGGGUUAAAAUUGGUAGGCAAACCCAAAAUCACACUUAAAUUAUUAUUAUGUUAACAAACAAAACAGUCAUGAUAGAAAGUAGCAAUCAGCAACAUGUAGCAAUAUUAAAAUCACUGAUUGAGCACUUACUGUAAACAUCUUUAUUCUAGAUUUCAUAAAUUUAUGUAAUAGAGGCUCACUGUUUGCCCAAAUGCUUAUGGAUACCUGAUAUCCAUAACAACCAUAUGUGAACCUGCCCCAAAUUGUUGCCACAAAGUUAGAAACACACAAUUCUAUAUGAUCAUUUUAAAUUCUGUAGCUCUUCAAUUUGCUAUCACUGGAAGUAGAGUAGAGAAGAGUGGAAAGUUCUUUAUUAAUUUGUAUUUGAAUUUAAAAUGUAUUAUACAUUUGGUGUUACAAAGCCACAAAAAGACAGAAACAACAGGGACAAACAUUUU